UCCUGGAUCCGCCCGUACUCUACUGCACUUGGACUCUACUUUCAGUUUCGUAUUGCCAACAGAAAAUGAAGCGUUUGCUUUUGAUAUCAAAUUCGACGCUUCAUGGAAGCGGAUAUUUAGAUCACUGCAAAGACCAAAUAAAAUCAUUCCUAAACAGUUCUGUCCAAAAGGUUUUGUUUGUUCCAUAUGCACUACAUGACCGAGAUGGAUAUACAAAGAUUGCUAGGACAGCAUUUAAUGAGAUGGGGUAUGACCUUGAUGGAAUUCAUGAACACCAGAAUGCAGUAGAUGCAGUGAAAUCAGCCCAAGCCAUCUUCAUUGGUGGUGGAAAUACCUUUAGACUGCUGAAAACAUUGUACGAUGAGAAAAUAGUGGAUGUGAUCCGAGAGCGUGUCACCAAGGAAAAUGUCCCCUACAUAGGAUCGAGUGCAGGGACUAACGUGGCCACAAAAAGUAUCAACACAACCAAUGACAUGCCAAUAGUAUUUCCUCCCACAUUUGAUGCCAUCAGACUCGUGCCUUUCAACAUCAAUCCUCACUAUCAGGACCCCGACCCUAGCAGUAAACACAUGGGGGAAACUCGUGAGGCAAGGAUCAAACAGUAUCAUGAAUAUGAAUCCUCACCACCAGUCCUGGGUCUAAGAGAAGGCUGCAUAGUAUUGGUGGAAGGAGAUAAGGCAACGUUAAAAGGCAAGACAGGAGCCAGGUUAUUUGUCAGGGGAAAGGAACCAGUUGAAUACCAGACAAAUGAUGAUCUAAGCUUCCUCUUGUGAUUAUACUGGGUGGAGGAUGGACGCUUCUAUCCACCUGUUUGUGAAAGCAACAAAUAACACUCAACUUUAAAGGAGUUUUAUUUUAGCAAAACAGCUUCCAUAUAUAUAUAUAUAUAUAUAUAUAUAUAUAUAAUUCAGCAAUGCAUACCUAAAUGCACACACAUGUAUACUGACAUAUUGAAUGCGAGUGUUGCAUGAAAUAAAAGUUGUACUAAAUUCAAAACAAAA